AUGGGACAUGCCAUUCCCCACAGCAAUCUACACAUUGUGGUUUCAUCUUUGACAAUGGAUGCCAGUUACAGUAUUUGGACAGUUGAGGAGGUUGGGUGCCCCUUGGGAGCCCAAGUCGCCACGGCCAACCUGAAUACGAUCGUCACGGAACAGUUGCACAUCGUGGCUGGAUGUGCCAAGACCACCUGGCUCGUGAGAUGUUCCAUCCCUGAUCCAUUGCUCUCGAUCAUUUGA